CACUUCAAUUAUCUAUGAUCGCAAGGACUGAUGGGUCUCUCAACGAAUGAAUCGUUUUCUCCUCCAAACUUGUACAAGGAACGACUCUUUCUCUACUAUUUCCAAACCCCUCUCUGGGGGACUGCUAAUAGCCUCAAAUCAUAGCUCUUCUUCUUCUCGUGGAUUGGCCAAGAAACCAGAGGGUAGGACCUUGGACAAGGCCUUGAGAAUAUUACAUCUCAUAACUCCCAAACCUUCUUCUUCUGUCACUGAAAAACAUCGAAACCAUCUUCGGCUAAUCCAAGCUUGCAUGCAGGAUUUAUCACAAGCAGGCACGGAUCAAUGCUUCCCUGUAAAAUUGGUCGGUGAUGACUACAGUUUAGAUUCAGCUUCAACAGAGGCAUUCCCAAACAUGUUUGAUGAAAGUUUCGACUAUGAUGUUUCUUGGGCUAAGGCCUUGCAUAAGGACGAAGGUUCUCUAUCUCUGUUUCUCUCAAUGCACAAAGGAGCAAGUAGAGAAGCCGACGAGAGUACGCUUUCCUGGGCUUUGAGUUCAUGUGGUGCUGCACGGGCUCUCCGUCUUGGUAUUCAGCUUCAUUCCUUGGCGAUCAAAACUGGGUUCUAUAUGUAUAUUUACGUUGGAAGUGCUCUGGUUAGUUCAUACGGUAAGUGUGGGAGGCUGGACGAUGCAUAUCGGGCGUUCGAAGAAAUGCCUGUAAAGAACGUAGUUUCAUGGACUGCAAUUAUUGAUGGCUUUGCACAUCACUUGCUAGUUGAGAUGUGUAUGCAGCUCUACCACCAAAUGAGACGUUUCAACUUGAAACCGAAUGAUUUCACUUUCGUCAGCCUGCUACGUGCUUGCACCGGUUCUGGCUCUCUCGGAAAUGGUAGAACUGCUCACUGUCAAACAAUUCAUAUGGGUUUCUGCUGGCAUGUCCACGUUGCCAAUGCUUUGAUCUCGAUGUACUCCAAGUGUGGGAAUAUCAAAGAAGCGUUUUAUGUCUUUGAAGAGAUGCAAGCAAGAGAUAUCAUUUCAUGGAACUCCAUGAUUGCUGGCUACGCCCAGCAUGGGCUUGCGGAGCCGGCUAUCAGCCUUCUUACAGAGAUGGAGCAACAGAAAAUCCAGCCUGAUGCCAUUACUUUCCUCGGUGUUCUCUCCUCAUGUCGUCAUGUGGGUCUUGUAGAACAGGGCCGUCUCUACUUCAAUUCCAUGCUUGAACAUGGUGUCAAGCCAGAUUUAGACCAUUAUUCAUGCAUUGUGGAUCUUCUUGGCCGGGCUGGAUUUCUUGAAGAAGCUCAAGAGUUUGUCCAGAAGAUGCCUAUACGUCCCAAUGCUGUUAUAUGGGGCUCUUUGCUUUCUUCUUCUAGACUUCAUGGGAACGUCUGGGUAGGAAUUCAGGCUGCAGAGAGCAGGCUUUUGUUGGAACCAGGUUGCGCUGCGACUCAUGUACAGUUGGCGAAUUUGUAUGCUAGUGUGGGUUACUGGGAUGAGGCAGCCAGAGUAAGGAAGCUAAUGAAGGAUAGAGGGUUGAAAACUAAUCCUGGGUAUAGUUGGAUUGAGAUUGGAACUGAAGUUCAUAGAUUUAAAGCAGAAGACAAGUCCAACACCAGAGUAAUGGAGGUUUUGGCCGUGGUGGAUAGUUUGGGGGACCAUAUGAGGAGUCUAGGCUAUGAACCUGUAGUAAUACAUGAGGAGAGAGACCAAUGAGGUAUAUAUUGCUAAGUGGUUUUAAUUUU